AUGACACUCACUAGAAUUCAUGUUCUGGAACGUUAUGGAAUAUCGAUCCACAAUUCUUUGCUCGACGAUAUAUCACCGUCAUUUCGUGCAAAGAGUAAAGACAAAAUAGCGAAAAACAUUCGAUUGUUACAUACUUUUGAGACCAAGGUCCUGAAUGAUCUAGAGAGAGAGGACAAGGAUUCCUUCCAAAAUUGGAUAUCUUACAAUCUCAUGCACUGGUAUCUCACCACAACAUUAUUUGGACACAAUCUGCUAGUAUAUGCACCACCACUCUUUGGAAAUAUUCCAACCAUCUAUCCAUGUAAUUCUUAUCGUGGUGCAAUCUAUGCUCUCUAUUUGACAUUACAUUCAAUACAAUCGUUGGAUUGUGAAGAUGAAAUAUAUCAUUAUAUAACAAGAAUAAGAAGGACAAAGAAUUAUGUGGAGCAUAUUAUUGAGGAUUUCGAGUUGAGAAUUCGGAAGAAUAUAACUCCACCCGCGGAUACUAUUAUCAAAUCCAACCAACAAAUUAAAGAAUUCAUAGAGUUACCAGGAGGUUUCGUAGAGAACCACUUUAUCUACCAGAGGGUUAGUCAAGAGAUUCACCACUACCACUACAGUACCAGAGUGAAGAUACUAAACUCUUUGAAGAAACUAUGGUGUUUACCUAAUGGUGAGGAACUAUAUAGAUUUCACUCUUAUUUCUAUACUUCGACUACGAUGUGUCCAAUGGAAUUGGCAGAGAUUGGGUACAGAGAACUUGAGAGAAUUCAAAGAGAUAUCAUUUUCUUGGCCAAGCCAGAGUUUACUUUUAACAGUACAAAAGAGACAUUUGGACAAUUCUUGAAUAGAAUUGUAUUUGAUCCAAUAUUUAAAAUCCGUUCCGAUGAUAUUGGAAAGAAAGAAACAUUAACAUAUUUAAAUGAAACAUACCAUGAAACAAGAUCAAAGAUAGCUGAAUUGUUUGAAAAUCUUCCAGAUUUAUCGAUUGAUUUCGAGGAGACAGUGGUUGGUCACUUUGAACCAAAUCCAUUCCUAUAUAAACCUGCAGUUGGUGAUAGAAGUGCUGUGCUAUUUGUCAACUGUUCAUUCUAUGAUGGUUGGGGUCAUUAUGCUGAAGGUUUGGCAGUGGAAUACGGUUGGUUAAAAAGCAAAUGGGAGAAACUCGCCCAUCAUAUUAUGGAUUUAAGAUCAACAUGUAGAUUGAUUACAGAUUGUAGUAUUCAUUUCGAAGGAAUCCAAUGGAGUAAAGAGAAUGCUUCAAAGUUCUUGAUUGAGCAGGGUGGAUUCGAUCUCAAUGAAGUCGAUCAUGAAGUCAACAAGAUUGCUGUGAUACCGGGAUGGGGACUGUCACAGAAGAUCGGACAAAUGAAGAUCGUUGAAAUCAGAGAGUAUGCCAAGGCACAGUUGCAAGAGAGAUUCUCAAUUCAAAAAUUCCAUAGUAUUGUAUUGAACAACGGUUCUUUGCCACUCGAUGUCUUGUUUCAAGUGGUAGAGUACUGGAUCAACGAACAACUCGAACAUACUGAAAAGAACAUCUACAACCUAAAGAAACAACAACAAGAUAGACAUACUGAGCAUCAACAACAACAAGCACAAUAUCCAAACAACUAA